AAUAAGUAGAAGUCAACGUCUCUCCCACUGUCCCUUCCCGGCGGAGAAGAAGAUGGGGGUUCUUCUGAAGCUCUUCGAUUCAGUUCUAUUUGUGUCGUUCUUUGUACAUGCCAUGGCGCCGCCGCUCAUCGGCGCCCAGUUAUUGCUCCCCGGAGCCCUUUUCCCCGAUGUUCUUAUUGAUUUCAAGGAGAUGUACAUUCGGCUGUCGGGAGACUAUCUGAUGGCGGAGACGCCUCCCUUUUUCGUCGGCCUGCUUUGGCUGGAGCUUCUCCUUCAAUGGCCGCUCACCGUUUUCAACCUCUACGCCAUCUGGGCUGCGAAGUCAUGGCUGCACACCACCUGUUUGAUCUAUGGCGUCUCCCUUUUCUCUGCUAUGGCGGCCAUAGCAGCUGAAUUGAUAGGGUCACAGAGGGCAUCUGGAGUACUGUUGAAACUGUAUCUCCCUUUCUUGGGUUUGGGAGUUUUGGCCACGCUACGUGGGCUGAUGCCGCGCUGCAGCAAGGCUACGGCCACCGGCGACACCGUUGGACCAUCAAUUGCCGGCAAAAAGAAGGUUUGAAGCAAAGAUAUGGCAUCUCAUGUCGCCAUUUUGUUCUUCCAAGUAACUGUGUCCCAAUAAUCUGUUUCUUUUCAGAAGAUUUAAGCUUGAAAAUUGAAAUCAGCCUUUUAUUUUUCCCUUUUGUUGGGACUGAUUGAAUUGAAGACAAUAAAGCGAUCGGGAAUGAAAUUGAACAA